AAUGCAGCCAACGUUCGUCUCUGAAUCAGUCCGAACUAAAGACCGUGGAGAGGAAGAGACAAGAAGAGGGAACUAGUCUUAAGUUGAGAUAGUGUUAAGGAUUCACUGAAUCAAAUCCAGUUUGUUACUGAAUGAGACUAAACUUGAAACAGUGCAGAGGAAGAUAGAAAGAAGAGAGAAUGAAUCCAACUUUUAGUAAAAAUCAAAGCCAGUUUGUUACUGAAUAAGUCCACACAAACAUUAAAUUCACCAACUCUCUCUCUCUCUCUCUCUGUCUAUAAAUGGAAGAAGCAGAAGAAGAAACAGAACAUCAUCAAAAAAAAGCGAUGGGGUGCGAUGGUCAAGGCAAGCUUAGCGACUCAGAGUUCAGCAAGCCCUUACCAUGGAUAGGCGUCUACGUGGCCGCAGCCUCACUCAUCUGCGGACUCGCCAUGUUCGCCGAUCUCCUCCGCGGCUUCCGCAACCGCAGGUUCUGGUUUCCAUGCAAGUCCUUCUCUCUCAACGCCACCACUCUCACCUUUCUCGCCGUCUGCGUCAAACUCUCAGUGGAUCUCAACACUUGCAUGCCUAGUCGCCAGGACCAGCUCUCCAAACUCAGCAGCAACGUCUUCGUCUGCACCGUGAUGGCCAACUCCAUGCCUUCCUUGGGUUUCAUGGUCACUCAAGACCUCCUCAUGAACCUCGUUGCUCUUGGGAUUCUCGUCGUCACCGACGUUGUCAACAUCUGUAUCCAGCUGGGGACAGGUGCCAUCUACGUCUUCCCUCAAGAACACGCGUUGGUCAUCGUCCUCACGCUUCUAAUGUUUGUGAUCUUGACCUUCUCUGCUAUCACAGUCCCAGCCACAAAGCGUUUCUUGGAGCUCAAGUAUAAGAAGAGUUACGAGCUGGCUUUGAAGCAGUGUCCUUUGUAUCAGACAGAGAGAAGAGGAGGGUUUUGUGAGCUUAAAGAAGAUCUGAUGAAGUUUUGGAUGAUGGCCCACACUUGUAGUCCUCAGUUCGUCAUGGCUCGCUCUGUCACCUGCACCACCUCUGGUUUCCUCUGUUUCUUGAGUGCAGUCACCUUGUCUGAAGCCAUUCUCCGAUCUUACUUUAUACAACCAAGUUCUCUCGGGUUCUGCGGUGGAGACUCUGAUUACAAAUGGUCAACCACUUUGGUUUUACUCUCGCAGGCGGUUGCUGUCGCCAUAGGAACCAUUGCUCCAGCGAGCAGAUGGUUUACUGCUGUGAACUUACAGUGCUCAUCAGGAGCAAGCAAAUCCUUGAGAGAUGAGUUGAGAGUAGAGAGUUAUUGGGUAGAGAGUCUCUCCAAGAAGAAAGAACAUCCCUUGAACUUUUGGAUGCUCCAUGGUCGCCGCAGUAGGAAGCUUGCACACGACGUAAACCGAUGCAUACUUGAUCUCUGCAUUGCGAUACAGUACGGGAUAGUGUUUGCUAGCAAGCUCCUCCGGUUCAUCGCCGUCUACUGUGUGAGUAGGAUCUUGCUAUGUUGCCAUUUCACCUUCAGAACACACCCUGACUCAUCCUCCGGAUCAAACCCAUCAGCGAGACAGUUCGUUCUGCAUCUUGAAGGGGAGGAAGAGCUGGUUGACUAUAUGGCACGGAGCAACCGCGAGGCCACAAACCACUUGAUACAAAAGGGCCGGAAGAAACAGCCACAAAACUUGAUCGACCUUUUGGAGGCAACAGAUCCCAUCUCAAAAGGAUUUGAAGGGAUAUUAGAGUUUGAUAGCGACGAAGUCGGUUCUCUGGCGGCCGGAGAGCCACCUAAUUGCUGGGCUCUUCCUUUAGUAACACUGACUAGUAUAGCUGCUUCACUUCCCAACAUCAACCCUUGCUUGCUGAAGAAGUUAGUGAAGGCUGUAAACGAGGCGUUGGUCUAUGUCAAGAAGUUUGAAGACGUCUUAGACAUUGAAGGAGAGUUAGCAAACAGCAGGAAAGCUGCUGAAGUAGUUUGGUUAGGAGUUGACCUCUACCAUAAGUGGCUCAAAGUGGAUCUAGAGAAACUAUCUAAGCAACAGAGAGCAAGACCACAAGAAGUUUUUAAAGAGCUUGAGGAUAUAGCGAAGAAAGAGUUCAGUGAAUCGUGGGAGAAGAACAUGUUGCUGAAGCCCUCGCGCUGGCCCAUCAAGAUCUUAGCAGCAAACUCGAUGUACCGAAUCAGCCAAACCCUUACGAAGAAAUACGAAUCGAGAAACAUUGGAACAGAGGAUACUCUGUUCAGAGAGGUGGAGAGGAUGGUGUCGGACAUAGUAGCAGGUUGCUUUUGCAACACGGCAAGAGUGGUGGGAAUGCAGUGUUUGGUAACGGCGGUUGAAGUGAGGGAAGCUUCGGUGAGAGAAGCGGCAAUGCAUCUGGGGAGAACAGAGAAGAUACUUGAGAUUGUGGACAGGAGAUGCAUCCCUGCUUUGUCUCAUCACAAAGUGGCCAAGAUCGAUGGAUGGAGAGAGUUUUAUAAGACCAAUAAAUGUAUCCCUUCUUCCACUACUCAUCCUUCGACUCAGUGUACAACUCGUCAACUCAUUCUCACCAUAGAGAAGUAACUACACUUAGUGUCAAGUUAAGCUAAUAAGGACUGUUCUGUACACUUGCACUUGGCAGUAAUAAAGCUUUCUUUGUCGGUUUAUGUAUAAUAAUAACUAACACUAUGAUUUGACCCAAAAAAAAAAACUAACACUAAGAAUCCGUGAACUUGUUCUACUGAAUCUUUAACCUCAGUAAUGAAUACUAGUAAGUAUCUUUUAUCCUUCUGUAUCCAAGAGUUUCCACAAAUGGUUAUAAAACAUUUAAAAGCUGAGAGUAGACCACAAGUAACCAAACAAUGUGGUGGUUUUAGUAGAGUAGUUGUGCGUCAAACUCGAGCAUAAGUUCGUAGAGACAUUAAAUUCUUAGCACCAUGGGAAAAUUAGAGAUAUUAGAUUGCAAAAUUCAUUAAAAAAAAAAGCAAACAUAUUUCUUGAAAUACAAUGACGAAAUCUUGGUUCUGGUGAUGUACAAAGAAUUAUAUAAAUUGUAGUUGAAUUAUAGCCAAAGACGUCAAGAUGGCCGAGUUGGUCUAAGGCGCCCGCUUCAGGUGCGGGUCCGAAAGGGCGUGGGUUCAAAUCCCACUCUUGACAAUUUAUUUUGUCCUUUUUUGGUCUUCUGUGCCUAUUUAUUUAAUCCUUGUUGAUGACCGUAGCACUGAUGAAAGAACUAUUCCAUCUAAAUUUUUUUAAAAAAAGAUAAAAUAAAAU